CUCCAGGCUUCAAGGUACGCAUUUUGGUGAAUGGCGCAGAGUCAAAUUUGCACUCUGAGGACCACCAAAACUCCCCGGUUUUCAAAGAUGUAGAAAGUGGGGCUAGCUGAAUUGACCAUUAAUGGUGCUUGAUCAUCGGAGUGGCAUCUCCAUAAUCUGCCUUUUGAUAAUUCGAACACGGGCAUCUGUCGACUUCCAGGACCUGCAGAAGAUGUCGAAUGCGGCACUGACAACCCGCGAUGUUCGUUCCAUGGCACUUCUGGACGGUUUUACCAGAUCCAACCAAGGACAGUGUUCCGUCUGUUUAGAAGGACAAGUCCCGGAACGGAUCACUUCCCGUAGUCAUUGUCCUCCCGUUCGGGAAGAGACACAAUUUUGAACGAUCAUGAAGUCUGGCUCAUACCGAUUACACCGGGACGGCGGGAUAGCUUUGAUUUGUGAAUCCAGAAAAGUCGUUGGCUGAGUGGUGGCCGCUAUCAGCAGAGGAAAGAGAAACACGAGCCGCGUAAACGACUGGUAACCUCCCUACAUCUAGUCGCUAGGAGAGGAGGCCAGUCUUCAGUGCAGUGCAGGAAUAGCUUCGUUCCUUAUUUCUUGCCGUGGGAUAAGCAAACGGCGCCGUUUAGGCCGGGAAACUUGUGGCGAGGCAGGUGGUAUCACAUUUGUUCAUUCCGCAGCAAGGCAGCGACUCUAACAAACAUGUUACACUGUCAGUGAAAGGUGGGAAGAAAGAUCA